AUGACUAAAGCAAAAUUUGUAUUACAUUGGUUAAACAGAUCAAGAGCACAAAGAGUAGUCUGGCUCUUAGAAGAAUUGAAUCUUGAUUAUGAACUCAAAUUUUAUAAACGUGAUGAGAAUUUACGAGCACCCAAAGAACUCACCGAUCUUCAUCCACUUGGAAAAUCCCCAAUUUUAGAAAUUAUCAAUGAUGAUGGUACAUCUUUGAAAUUAGCUGAAAGUGGUUAUAUUUUCCAAUAUUUGCUUGAACAUUAUGAUAAGGAAAAUAAAUUAACACCAACAGCCCCGGAAGAUCAAGAAUUGGUUAAAUAUUUCUUACAUUAUACUGAAGGAAGUAUCCAACCCAUGCUGACUGCACUUGUUGUUAAUGAAGUAUCCAAAUCCAAACCACCAUUACCCAUCAGACCAUUAAUGAAGGCACUACUCACCAAGAUUAAUCAUAAUUAUUGGGAUCUUGAAAUGAAAAGGAAUUUUGAUUAUUUAGAAUUGAUUUUAAAAGAACAACAUGAAAAAAAUCGGGAUUAUUUCGUGGGGGAUAAAUUAACUGCCGCUGAUUUAAUUUUGUCAUUCCCUAUUUAUUAUGAGUUUUAUGUAACUCAUUUCUUGAGACUGUAUUUGGGAGAAGAGACAAAAGUUGUUUAUCCCCAUUUAUAUCAAUGGCUCAGUCAUGUUAUGAAAGAAAAUGGGUGGAAGUUGGCUGCGAAAAGAGUUGAAGAAUAUGAAAGUAUUCCAGCUUCGUCUUCAAGAUUGUAG